AUGAUAUUGAAUAGGCUUAGAGUCGGCAGAUUAGUUGCUGACAGGAGGUUUUUCUCGUUCAAUUUAGCAUUAAGACAACAAGAUGAACGGCCUCAGAUGUAUCAACUUGAAUAUAUUCAAACCAGAGUCGCUGAAAGCGUAAGAUUUUUUUGAAGGGAUUCAUAUUUUCAGGGACCAUUAAUGUUUCGACAAAAGAUGGACUAUACAUUCUACAGAGAAGAUGUGAUAUUGGAGGAUGACAUAUUUAACGUUAAGAAAGAGUGAGUGGUCUCCUUAACGAGUCCCAUUAGAAGGCAUUUUAUUACAUUCUUUGUAGAGGCCGGCAACAGAUGAUGCAUUACUUCGGAAUGAUUACUGUCGCAGGGCAAAUUUUAUUCCCAUAUAUUGAGUUUGAAGUGAGUUUAUCGAGAAUGCUUACAAGGAACUAUUUUUUGUUGUUCGUAAAAAGAAUUUUCGCUGUCCGCAAGAAAACUUCUCACUGUACUCAAAUGUGAAUCUUUUUGUAUUUAUAUAACUCAAUGUUUAGCAGCAAAUUUGAUGUGAAAGUUUCGGAUGUUACUCCUAAACGUAUAGUAGUGAAUUUUGCUCUUACUUCUGAGUAAUUCACGCGAUAGGCAGGAACCCUGGACAAAAUAUGAUGAUAUUGUACAUGAUAUCGGCGAUUAUUAAAGAAAAAACAUGUACAUCCUUUAUCUGUUUUUCUUGUAUACUGAAGGAGGUCUUGUUACUUUAAACACCAAUUGGAUUUCUUCUUGGGCAACUUUUCAUUUGCGGACAGUCAAAAGCGCGUCCAUACUUUAAUCUGUUAUUAAUCUUUCUUUAGUCAUUGAAUAUAAUACCAUUAUUGGAUGAUGGGACAGUCAGAUAUCGAUGGAGAGUCAAAUAUUUAAAUUGGAUUCAAACUCUUAACGUCAAGAAUUUUAAUCCCGCGAUCAGAGACAAGAACGUAAGUUGACAUCCCUUGCCGUGUCAUUCCAAUUUUAGGCCAAAUGGUUUGAUGGAUAUUCAACAUUCUUUGUUGAUGGAAACGGGAAAGUAUUCAAAUUGAAGCUACAAAAAGUAAUGCCGGAUGAUAAUUACAUGCAAACUUCCAAAAGAAUCGCCCAAAAAUUUGCCCAAAUAUCAACCAAUCAGAAUCCAUCGCUAAAUUCAACGGCGAAACACUAA